AGCUUUUCAGAGGUUGGAAGAUGAGGAUCCCAACUACAUUACGGAUUUGUCACAUGAUACACCUUCUAACGAAGAUUGGGAAAAAGCAAAUGUAUUUGCUAAAUUCCUCAAAAAAAUUUAUGAAGCUACAAAAAAAAUGUCAGGGUCAAACUAUGUGAUUCUAACACUUACUUUCAAGAGACAAUUGGUAUUGUGCUUUGUUUGAAUGACUCGGAGAAAGACACAAAUCCAAUACUUAACAACUGUCAAAGAAAAUGAAAGAAAAGUUUGAUAAGUAUUAUGGAAGUGUUGAUAGAUCAAACAUGAUGGUAUUGAUUACAGCGGUUUUAGAUCCUCGGUUUAAAAUAAAAUAUGUGGAGUGGGGGUACAAAAAGAUUUAUGGCAAUGAUUUGCAAAAGGUUGGGUUGAUGUCUAGAAAGUUGAGAGAUUUGUUACAAGGGUUAUAUGAUUUCUAUGUGGGGGUUGUAUCAGGUUUCCAAGAAAGCCAAACUUCUUGUUCUUCCCAAAUUACCGAAAUUGGCCAGUCUUCAGUUAUUGGUGUGAGUUGUGAUGAGAUUGCGUACGACCCCUCCUUAGACGAGUAUGAGGAGGAGAUGGAGGUAGAGAUUCAUGAUAUGACCAAAUCAGAGUUAGACAUUUACCUCAAGGAGAAACGUCUACCCUUGAAGUCCAACUUGAACAUACUAGAUUGGUGGAAAGCAAAUGCUGCAACGUAUAAGGUUCUCUCGUAUAUGGCAAGAGAUGUGUUUGCUAUUCCGGUAUCUACAGUUGCUUCUGAGUCAGCUUUCAGUACAUCGGGUCGUGCACUUGAUCACUUUCGGAGUUCUUUAAGUACACCCAUUGUGGAGGCAUUAGUUUGUGCACAAGAUUGGUUGAGAUAUGCAUAUACCCCAACUACUUUUGAGGAUUACUUGAUGGAUGCAGAAAGUUAUAACUCAGAAAUUAAUGCACAUGAGGCGAGCAAUUCAGAGCAUGGAGCAUGAGAUAUUUUUAGUUUUUUAUAUUUGGAUGUUGUUAAUUGUUAUGUUACUAAUUUUAUAUGUUAUGUAAUUUCAUCGUUUUAAUUUUGGAGUUUAUAAUUUUGAAUUUGUGA